CCCCAAAAUGUCCUGUCGACCGGUCAAGUCCUCCCGCACACCCAGAGCAUCACCGCCGCGCCCAUCCUGUCUAUUCGUGAGGUGCCGCAGUCCUCCGGUGCCUCGCCACCUACCGAAGUCUCGCCCUCUGAAAGUCCCACUACAAGCCGGGAAAAAACAAGCUGCGCGAAUUCACCAGCUGCUGUCGGAAAGACUGUCCCGAAGGCUGGUGCUAUCCGACGCAUCCUGCCGAAGACUGUUUCGCCACGGGCCUUCUCUGCUAACUCACAUUCCAACAUUGUCUUGCCGCAGACUCGUGCCAUCUCGCCAUCAGUCGUUGUUAAUCUAGCGGACAUGAUGGAUUCUAAGACUUUUGAUCUCGACGACUUGGCCUACUCCACGUACUUCCAGGACCCUGGCAUGGAGGGUGCCGUGCCCUUUGACCCGCAGGGCUUUGAUUACGAGCCGGACGACCUGUUGACACCCGCUCAGCACUCACCGCAGUCACCGGCGCAGCAGGAUGAGAAUCUGGAUGCGGAUGCUCUCUUCUCCGACUCCUUCCUCCUGAACAACGAAGAGGAGGUGGCUGCGGCUGCGGCGGGUGCUCCGACUGAAACAAACUCAAAGACCCCUCCACCCCCGGCUCACAUAGGCCGGAUAACGAGGAGGAAGUCGGCAGCACGUCGGAUCCCCAAUUCCUCGGUCGUUCAGAGGACUCCAGGCGCCAAUGGAGUAUGCUCGCCCUAUCUGACGUGA